UACAACGACAAUGUCUACCCCAAUCCUUAUUGGCAUCGGAAUCGCCAGCGCAGGUAUAUUACGCCCUCCGUCCUAGUUCUAAAAACCCGACCACCGCUAACGCACACCCGCACAGCCGUUGCCGUAAGUCCCCAUUCACAUCCGGGCCCCACCAACCCCUCCUCCCCACAACGACAAAACUGACCCUCCACCCCUAGGCCCGCAUCGGCCUGCAAGCCUUCAAACGCUACAAAGCUCUGGGUAGUGGCGCCGUCACCUUUGGAAAAAACUUCUACCGGGGCGGCUUCGAGACGCGCAUGAAUAGACGAGAGGCAGCUUUGAUUCUGCAAUUGAGGUAUCCCCCCCCUCCACCUACUCUUUCAGUAUUGCCUUGUAGAUACUGAGCAUAACUGAUGGUGUGCGUAGUGAGAGAUCUGUCACCAAGCAGAAUGUUCGCAAACGGCAUCGUGAGAUGAUGUUGUUGAAUCAUCCCGAUCGUGGGGGGAGUCCGUACCUUGCUGGGAAGAUUAAUGAGGCCAAGGAGUUUUUAGAGAAGCAUGGUUGAGGUAGGGGAAGGGAUGGCAUGUUGUAUAAAUAAAUGAUAGGGAGGGGGUGGGGGGUUAUGAAGCAAAGUAGAUUCAUUUGGGUGGCGUCUUUGGAUCAUUAUUGGAAUUGGGUUGGUAUGCGGUCAUAGAAUUGAUAUAUAAUCUUCGCUCUCACAGUGAGUUCUUUUUUUUGGGGGGGGGGUGAGUGCGGAUAUGCUCGAAGAGGAGCUUCCUAUGAAAAGUCUUCAAUGUCUGGAUAUCUGACAUCUACAUCUAUUACUAAUAUCAGCUCUCAGGAUGUCUGGUUGUGAUGUAUGGCUUGUAUAUGGUAAUAGGUAGUGAGAGCGGUCUGCAUCAUCCUUCCAGAGUGGGGUUUUCCUCUUGGGAAUUACACCACUUUUAAUGUAUUCAAAAGGUUCCUUCCCCCACUCUGGCCCCACCGAUGACUGCCUAAACCUGGCUUACUCUAGCUCACAGAUAUCCUAACGUCCGUCAUACCGAGUCACUCGUAUUCCCUAGCGCAUUUUCGGGGUGGUCAAUAGAACCUCAUUAAAUCCAUGGUAUAUAUUAUUGUCUAUCGUGUAAAACAUGCUCCCCCCCUCUAACAUAUCUCUUCAAUACCCUCACAACUGCCUCCUCCUCCCCAGCCCCAGCCUUCCAUGCCCCAACCUUCUUCCACUCCCCCCACAAAAUCCUCUCUUCCUCCCGCAUAACCUCCCAAUUAGGGCUAUGUUCACUCUUCAGCCACUUGAAGUCAUCCACCUGGUCCCACAGGUUAUUGACACUCUCCCAUUCCCCGCCAAGGUGUGCAUCCAACGGAGCAAACCUGACACCUGAGCAAUCUUCAAUAAUAGGCCUCGAAGAGCAGAGUAGGUACACAUCCACGUUUUUAGCGUCGUGCAUGCGAAGCUGCCGGCACGCCACGAGUAUCGUCGUGUUGCUCAGUGAUGUGAGAUGUAUGGGUCCGUUUAUAGCGUUAGAGAGGAAGAGUAGGGUGUUGGUGACGUUUUUGAUGGCGGCGCUGGAGAAGAGUGGGGUUUCGGCAGUCGGGAAGAGAAUUAUGCUGCUGGAGAUUUCAGAAAGUAGGAGGGAGGAGGUGGAGGUGGAGGUGGAUGGAGGCCGUGUGUGGUUUAUAUAUCUCCUGGAGAGGUUGGAGAUUAUUAAGUUAUCUGUUAUUGGUUGGUCGGAGGUAGGCGUUGUAAAUUCUGUUUGGGUUUUUGAAGAUGAGGAGGCGGAGGAGUUGGAGGACUUCAUGGCUCCACCUAUAGCGGCUGCGGUAUCUUUGCCUUUACUCUUGAACGAGAAUUUCUGCUUUGGGGUGAUAGCUUUCCUAGUUUCUGACAACUUGUCUGAAAGGCCGCGGACUUGCUAAUACAUCAAACUGGGGGUCAGUCUAUACGAUCUCCAGCCGCUAGAGUCGGUAGUAGUAGCAGAGCAUGACCACGAACCCCGGUGUAAGACCGCUGGUCGUAAGCCGGAAGAUACGACGACGCAUCCUUGACUGCAUCCGACAGCGCCGAUAUCGCAGCUAGGCAUCUAUCAAUGGCUUCCGGGCGCUCAGACGGACUUGCACUGGACAGCAGCUCGAUUUGCGCUUCGAGAGCUAGACAUCCACGGCAAUAGGUUAGCUGGAACGUAAAAAGAAAAGGAGGGGUAAAAUCGGGGGAAUGGGAUAAUAAACACCAGCAUGAGAUUCGUGAAACCUCUCAUAGAAAUUCUGUUUAGUGUUCGCCUCAACGUCCAUUGAAUUGGGAAUCGUGUGCAAAGGUAAUUCCUGUGCUACCCAUCGAGGGGCAAUACCGUAGGCGUUGGAUGGAGGGGUUGGUCUUGGCUUACAUCUAAGUGCAGCAGGGGGGGCUCUGGAGGGUAACAACAAUGGUUACUUUCAUCUUUGCUACACUAGGAACUCGAGCACCAACAGCGGCAGUAUGACAAGAAUUCUAACCAAACCUCUUCAGCAAUUCUCUACUUGAGACACCCUUACAAUCUUAAUAAUGUCGCUCUUAUCGACCUCUCUCCGGCGCCUCUCCAGGAGCGCAAUUCCAAAGCUAACACCAACAGCAGUACCUACCAGAUCCUUGGUUUCGACUCCUCAACUCAAGGACUACUUCACCCCAACACCCUUUGUCCACGAAUCUGUGGGUGGAGGAUGGCACUCUUGUACUUCCUCCUUGUCCCCCCUACUCCCUCCAUCUCCACAUACUAACCAAAUCCACCUAGAUGACAUAUUCUCCCGCCUCCUCAAAGAGCGCAUAAUCUGCCUCAACGGUCCUGUGCACGACGGAAUAAGCGCAGUUGUGGUUGCCCAGCUCCUCUUCCUUGAAGCCGAGAACCCCGAGAAGCAAAUAAACCUGUACAUCAACUCCCCGGGAGGCAGCGUGACGGCCGGGUUGGCAAUAUACGAUACGAUGAAUUACAUCCAGGCCCCUGUUUCGACAAUUUGCGUUGGGCAGGCAGCGUCCAUGGGUUCGUUGUUAUUGUGCGGUGGAGCAAAGGGGAAAAGGUAUGCGCUUCCGCAUGCUAGUAUUAUGGUUCAUCAACCUAGUAGGUUCUUAUUCUCGCCGUGGUUUGGGGGCAGAGGGGGCGAGUUGGCGGCAAAGUGUUAACUAGUGUUAACUGGUGUAGGUGGUGGAUAUACUGGACAGGCUAGGUGAGAGAGGGGGAAUUCUUUUAUUCUGUGAGACCGAGAGAGAGGGCUGAUGGCCAAGGGGAAUAGUGAUAUCGCGAUCCACGCAAAGGAGAUUCUCCGAGUUCGAGAAAGGCUAAAUAUAGUAUACCAAAAGCACCUUACGAAACCCCACACACUUGAGCAGAUUGGUAAGAACCGGUUCCAUAACCACCACCUCUGGAUACUGACAGCACGCUUGAUUCCAGAAAAAAUUAUGGAGCGGGACCUCUUCAUGGGUGCCGAAGAAGCGAAAGGGAUGGGCUUGGUAGACGAGAUCUUGGUCGCCCGAAAGAAGCCCUCGGAGGCUUCCUCGAAGUAA